AUGUAUACACAAGCAAUUAAAAUGCCAGUGCAAAAAGAUUUAAAUAUUGUUAAGAUUGCCGUUCAGAUGACAGGCCAAAUGCCUCAAUUGAUUGAAUUCAAUCAAAAACAACCAUUGGCUGGAAUAAUACAAGGCCUUUGUAAUGAAUGGAGUCUUACUGAUCCAGAGACGUAUUCUCUUCAAUUUUCUGAAAAUAACAAUCAAAACUACAUAACUGAAAAAAAUAGAAAUGAAAUAAAAAACGGAAGUGUUUUGAGAUUGGAACAUUCGCCUAGUAAAACAGCCGGUGAUAUUCUACACAAAUUAAAUAAUGGAACAGCUGAGGAUAAAUUAGCAGCGUUACAAAAAUUAAGUACUCUUAGUAAUGACAUUACUUUUGCACAUGAAUUUAUAAACAAACAAGGACUAGCCUUAAUUAUAUCACAAACUGAGUCAGGAAAAUUUAAAUCAACAGCAUUAGCAUGCUCUCUUCAAUCAUUUGUCGAGCUAAUGGACCACGGAAUAGUAUCUUGGGACAUUUUGGAGCCACCGUUCAUAAACAAAGUCGCGAGUUAUGUAAAUAAUCAAUCAGUGGCUCAAGAUUCUAAUGUAAUUGAGGCAUCUUUGAGCAUCCUCGAAAACAUAGUCCUGAAUUCGUCUGGCAAAUACGGUUUGGUUGAGAAAGAAGUCACAUUUCCGAAUCUCGUGAUGCAUUUGCAAAGCAUGUCACCACAGAUUCAGCAAAAUACAAUUGCAUUGAUAAAUGCACUAUUUUUGAAAGCCGACUUGAUAAAGAGGCGCGCUGUAGCAGCAACACUUCAAUCUAAGCAAGUGCGUAAUGUUUUUCUCACCAACGUAAUACAGUCGACCGGCCAAGUAGGCACUGAAAUGGCUCACCAGCUCUACGUCUUACAAACGUUGGUGCUGAGUUUGCUUGAGCAACGCAUGAUGACCAAAAUGGACCCACAGGAUCAGGAUGCGCAUGAUAAAAUUAAAGAAUUACGUCGUAUUGCCUUUGACACUGAGGGAAACGUCAGCAGCGGUGAUGUUGCUGCACGCAAGCAAGGUCUUUUUGCCAAAGAUUAUAAAAAAUUGGGCUUUAAAUAUGACAUUAAUCCUGCAUUGGACUUCAACGGUACGCCGCCUGGUAUGCUGGCGCUUGAUUGCAUGAUUUACUUUGCUAGGAAUCACACUGAGUCGUACACCAAAGUCGUUUUGGAACAUUCUUGUCGUGCUGAUGAACAUGAAUGUCCUUUUGGUAGGACUAGUGUUGAACUUGUUAAACUAUUAUGCGAGGUAUUGAGGAUUGGAGAAGCACCGAGUGAACAAGGCCAGUCAUAUCACCCAAUGUUUUUCACUCAUGAUCAUCCCUUCGAAGAGUUUUACUGUGUGUGUAUCGUCCUGCUGAACAAAACGUGGAAAGAAAUGCGGGCUACUACAGAAGAUUUUGUCAAAGUGUUUUCCGUAGUGCGUGAACAAAUCACUCGCGCUCUCCAAUGUAAACCAACGGGACUAGAUAAAUUUAGAAAUAAAUUGCAACAGCUUACAUACUCAACGAUCACCAACUUGUGGCAACAGGAAAGAACUAAUCGAGAAGAGUGGGAGAGUCAUGCAAAGCCGAUUGUUGAAUUGCGAGAGCAAAUAACUCCUGAAAUACUUGACCUUAUUCAGCAGCAGCGAUUGGGCUUCCUGGUAGAAGGCACCAGAUUUACUAAAUACAGUGCUAGAGGCCAGAGAAUAAAAGAUAAAUUUUGGUACGUUCGUUUGUCGCCGAAUCACAAAGUGUUUCAUUAUGGUGAUUGCGAUGAAAAGUCAGUCCCUACAAUUGAUGAUCUUCCGAUGAAACUCGCUGUCGUUGACAUACGUGGGCUGCUUAUCGGAAGAGACUGUCCACAUAUGAAGGAUUUGCAGAGACGAAAGACUACUCAUCAGUUGGCAUUUUCGCUGGUGCUAGAUUCAGUUGAAGUAUCUAAUUUAGAUUUCGUGGCACCGGAUGAACAAGUUUUUGAUUAUUGGACUGAUGGUAUCAAUGCGUUACUUGGAAACAAAAUGACAAGUAAAGAAACGGAAAAUGACUUAGAAACACUUUUAUCGAUGGAUAUUAAAUUAAGAUUACUUGAUGCUGAGGGCAUUGACAUUCCUCAAGAUCCACCACCAGUACCAGAACCACCACCAAAUUACGAUUUCUGCUUUGAACUUUAA